GUGCACUUAUACUAUAGUAACUGAAAGAACAAAUUUAUCCACACUCGAUCUAAAGUUACAGUGACACAGUCCCAAAACCGGGUCGGCACCACAGAUGUCCAUGAGAAUGGAACUGUACACAAUACAGAAAUGUGUCACCGAUUGCAGGCAUUUUAUAUUAGCAUUAUAGGUCAAGGGUACGGCCGAGUACGACCUAGUUUCGGAGGCAAUGUAAACUCUUCCACGGCUGGCUGUUUGGAAUGCAGUUAUUGCAGUGGUUCGGGCGAAAAAAACUUUGGCUAAAACUACUUUUUGUUAAAGCGUCUGUCAUGAAAAUUUUGAAUAAAAAAAAAGUUGAGUUUGAACCGAGGGUUUAACCUUUAUUGUGGAAUACUUAUUAGCUUUUGCCAUGUUGAAUGGCGUUAAAAAUCUUUAUUUAUUGUAUAGGUAGGUAAAUAAAUACAUACUUACAAAAAAAAAACGACGAAAUAUGUAGGCAUGUUGGUAGCACCUUCCGUGCCAAACUAUUUAAAAGUAUGAGUUUGAAUAUUUUAAUAAAUUACUGCUCACAAACGCAAAAGGCUCUUAAUUUUGAUACUAAUAUGGAACAUUUCUUCUCAUGCCGACUCUUUCUUUUCUCUAUGAGCGAGUGAGAUGCAGUAUACGAUGGCAGGAACAAUAUUGAGUGAAUAGGGAAAGGUUUUAGUUAACUCGAGUCGUGGCAACAGUUUGGCCCUGAAAAAAGCGUUCAUUUGUUUUUAACGUCUAAUCGAAAAAUCGUUUACCUAACGUCUAUUGCACAUCCGAAAGUAGCUCACAGAGCUCAACAUUCUGAACAACUUUGCUAUCAUAACUUUGGCAUACUUAUCACGAAAAAUUUACGUUUUCCAUACAAAUAGAGACACCUAUAGAUGUGUGUAUGAUAGUAUCGUAGCGAUUUCCCCGCUUGUGGAGACGGCCCCUUUGUCUUCAAACUAAACAGCAGUUCACUUCCUGGCCACACCCGAGUGUAGCAGAAGGCUAAAUAACCACGUUUGUCAGUAAAUCCACGAGUCCGCACUAAAUAUUUAUACAUUUUUAACUGCGCAAAUAUCCGCAAUGACAAUUAACAAACUUGGCGUAUAUAUUUUUUGCCCGCAACAGAAAAUGAGGGCUGAUAUUAAUAGGUAUUUUUGUAUACGUGCAGCUACGUGCAGAGACAAACAGAGGGGGUUUAGUAAGUAUCGCGAGGUCAAAACAAAAUAACAUUUUCGAAGUAAUACUGUCAAAUUCAAUACAUUUUGAGCGAGCGGGGAUUUUUGUUUUUUCUACUCUUAUAUGCAUUGUUUUACAGUAGUAGUCAGUAAUCCCACCUACUCAGCAACCCCCAAGUCGAUAAGGGCGAUACUCGCUUACGCGCAAGCAAAAUUUAUUUCCCAUACCCAGACAUUAGCCGGGGCUAGUUUGGCAACGCAGUCCAGUCUUGGUUUAGCAUCGCUGGCUGGCGGUAGUGGCUGGUAUUUCCGGUUCCUGAAAAAAAAAGUAAAAACGCGUUCGUGAUGAGACAAAAAUGGAGUUGAAUUUGGAAUAUCCGGAUAUUUCGUCGUUGACCAGCCUCGGCUUGCUGAACCCGAAAGACCAAAAUGAUUUUCUGCAAAUCCAGCAACAAUACCUGGGGCGGCACGGCGUGCGGCGCUGGGGCAGCAUGUCGGAGGGCGGCGCCUGCGCGGGGCGCACCAACCUCAUCGUCAACUACCUGCCGCAGAGCGUGGCGGAGAAGGACCUGUACGCCAUGUUCACCAGCGUCGGACCGGUAGAGAGCUGUCGCGUUAUGAAGGACUUUAAGACUGGCUACAGCUACGGGUUCGGCUUCGUGAACUUCGCGCGCGAGGAGGACGCGGCGCGCGCCAUAGACACCUUCAACGGGUACCAGCUGCGGAACAAGAGGCUCAAGGUAUCCUACGCGCGUCCAUCCGGCGACGACAUCAAAGACACGAACCUCUACGUCACCAACCUGCCCCGCGCCAUCACCGAGGAACAGCUGGAGACGAUCUUCGGCAAGUACGGACGCAUCGUGCAGAAACACAUACUGCGGGACAAGAACAACGGCACGCCACGGGGAGUGGCUUUUGUCAGAUACGACAAGCGGGAAGAGGCGCAGGAGGCGAUAGCGGCGCUCAACAACGUCAUUCCAGAGGGCGGCACUGAGCCGCUCAGCGUCAAGCCAGUAAGCAGGGAGACCAACCUCAAACGCGCCACCUCCAUGUCUCGGUCGCGAUGCCAUACGCCGCACUUCCACGAGCCAGAGAUAAUGGUUGCGGAGGAGCAUGGGAAGCAGAAGGCGGCGUAUUACGCGGGCUGGGCGGCCGGCUUCCAUCACAAUAGAGCGCCCUCACUGAAUCACACAGUGCUUCCACAACGGCAUCACAGCCUAGACCAGCUGGACAUGCUGCACAGCCGGCAAGACUACUCGACCAACUACGGGAUGUACUCGAACCCGACCAACCGCUACCUGCGCCGCGACUUCUACAACCAGUCGGGUUAUACGAGUCACCAUCGUCCCUUCUGAAAAGGGCUUUACUGCAAAAAGUUCCGCCUAUCCGAUACAAGGAUAUGAGCGGUCGGACAUUUCGUUUUGGUAGUGUUAUAGCGUGUGAAUAGUGCGAGUGUAGGUUUUAAGGGUCGCUGGGGAGUUACGGGAGUUUUGACGCUGUUGGUUAGGGGUUAAGGUCGCAUUUUGUUUGGGAAAA